AUGGAGUUUGUGUCUGGAUACCGGGACGAGUUCCUCGAUUUUGCCGCCCUCCUCUUCGGCUGGUUCCGCAAGUUUGUGACAGAGCGUGGGGCUGGAGGAGCCAGCCUUGAGGGCCGAUGGCGACAGCUGGAGGCUCAGAUCCGAAGGCUACCCCAAGACCCUGCCCUUUGGGUGCUCCAUGUCUUGCCCAACCACAGUGUAGGCAUCAGCCUGGGGCAAGGGGCAGAGCCAGGUCCUGGAUCUGGCCUGGGGGCGGCCCGGCUCCUAGGAGAGGAGCCCCCACUCCAUCUUCGAGACCUGAGCUCCUACGUCAGCUUUGUCAGCCUGGACGGGGAGGAAGAGGAGGAGGAGGAGGACGAAGAACAGGAGGAGAAAGCAGAGGAGGAGGGUGCUGGCCCAGAGAAGGUGGAACCAGAGGAGGAUGGGGAGCCAGCCUCCACCAGCAGGGAGUCCCCCCAUGAAGUAAACCCUCCAGGGGAACCGGAAGAGGCCGAGCAGGAGGCAAGAGGCAGUGAAGACGCUGGCCCAGAGGACAAGGCGGAGGAGGAAACAGAACCUGAGAAGAAGGGAUGGAGAAAUGAGGCUGCCCCCCUGCACCUUUCCUGCCUCUUACUGGUAACAGACGAACAUGGCACCAUUCUGGGCAUUGACCUCCUAAUGGAUGGAACCCAGGGGAGUACAGGCCGGGGCUCAGGAAUGGAGAACCUGGCUCCUCGAGCCUACGCGCUUCUCUGCCACAGCAUGACCUGCCCCAUGGGGUCCGGAGAGCCCCGGAAGCCCCGACAGCUCACUGUGGGAGACACCCAGCUGCACCGAGAGUUGGAGAGCCUGGUCCCAAGGCUGGGAGUGAAGUUAGCCAAGACCCCAAUGCGGACAUGGGGUCCCCGGCCAGGCUUCACCUUUGCCUCCCUUCGGGCUCGAACCUGCCAUGUUUGUCACAAGCACAGUUUUGAAGUGAAACUGACACCCUGUCCCCAGUGUAGUGCUGUCUUGUAUUGUGGAGAGGCUUGUCUCUUGGCUGACUGGCGGCGAUGCCCAGAUGAUGUGAGCCACCGAUUCUGGUGCCCAAGGCUUGCAGCCUUUAUGGAUCGAGCGGGAGAGUUGGCAACUCUGCCUUUUACCUACACUGCAGAGGUCACCAGUGAAACUUUCAACAAGGAGGCAUUCCUGGCCUCUCGGGGCCUCACUCGUGGCUACUGGACCCAGCUCAGCAUGCUGAUCCCAGGCCCCGGCAUGCCCAGCCACCCCAGAGGCAACACGCCAUCACUCAGCCUUCUUCUCAAUGGAGAUCCCUACCAGCUUCUCCAGGGGGAUGGACCUAAUUUGAUGCCUGCUGUCCCCCCAGAACCACCCAGGAGUCUCUUUGGCUCGUGGCAGGAUUACUACACGUGGCGAGGCCUCAGCCUGGACUCCCCGAUGGCUGUGCUUCUCACCUACCCACUGACUGUGUACUACGUCAUCACCCACCUGGUGCCCCAGUCCUUCCCUGAGCUCAACAUCCAGAACAAGCAGUCUCUGAAGAUCCACGUGGUAGAGGCGGGGCAGGAGUUUGAUCUUGUCAUGGUGUUCUGGGAGCUUCUGGUGCUGCUUCCCCAUGUGGCCCUGGAACUGCAGUUUGUGGGUGAUGACCUGGCCCCCGAAAAUGACCAACAGCAUUAUACCCUGCAGAGGGAUGGUCCUGAGGUAUCUGUGCGCAAUGGUUCUGGCCUAUCAGCAAGGCUCGGUUCUGGGACCAAAGAGAAAGGGGUGCGCAGGGACCUGCAGAUUAAGGUGUCAGCCAGGCCCUACCAUCUGCUUCAGGGACCCAAGCCCGACCUGGUUAUCGGAUUUAACUCUGGCUUUGGGCUCAAGGACACUUGGCUGAGCUCUCUGCCCCGGUUACAGUCCCUCCGCGUGCCGGCCUUCUUCACCGAGAGCAGCGAGUACGGCUGUGUGAUGGACGACCAGACCAUGGCGGUGGCCACCGGAGGGGGCACCAGCCCUCCGCAGCCCAACCCCUUCCGCUCCCCUUUUCGUCUCAGAGCGGCUGACAACUGCAUGCCCUGGUACUGCAACGCCUUCAUCUUCCACCUGGUCUACAAGCCCACGCACGGCAGCGGGGCCCGCCCGGCGCCCGGCCCCGCGCCCCGCGCCCCGACGCCCGCUGCUCCGUCCGCCCCCGCGCGAAGGCGCCGUGGAGAGAAGAAGUCCGGGCGGGGGGCCCGCCGGCGGAAGUGA